AUGUCAGUUAUAUUAGCAUCAGCAGGGUAUGAUCAUACUAUAAGAUUUUGGGAUGCAUUGACUGGUGUUUGUUCGAGAACUAUUCAACAUACUGAUUCUCAAGUUAACAGAUUAGAAAUUACUUCGGAUAAACGUUUUUUAGCUGCAGCAGGUAAUUUAUACGUUCGAUUAUACGAUAUACGACAAUCUGGCAAUUCAGGUAAUGGAGGAAUAUCAAAUGGAUCAAAUAAUAAUAAUUCAAAUUCAAAUUCAAAUAAUAAUCCCGUAGUGACAUUUGAAGGUCAUGCAACUAAUGUUACUUCAUUAGCCUUUCAAGCUGAAAAUAAAUGGAUGGUUACAUCUUCAGAAGAUGGUACGGUUAAAGUUUGGGAUGUACGAUCACCAUCAGUUCAAAGAAAUUAUAAACAUAAUUGUCCAGUUAAUGAAGUUGUUAUACAUCCAAAUCAAGGUGAAUUAAUUAGUUGUGAUCAAGAUGGUAAUAUUCGAGUUUGGGAUUUAGGUGAAAAUCAAUGUACUCAUCAUUUAAUACCAGAAGAUGAUGUACCAAUAAAUUCAUUAAGUGUUGCAAGUGAUGGUUCUAUGUUAGUUGCUGGUAAUAAUAAAGGAAAUUGUUACGUUUGGAAGAUGCAAAAUCAAAAAGAUUUAACAAGUUUAACACCAGUGACCAAGUUUAGAUCACAUUCAAAAUAUAUCACCAGAGUGGUUUUAUCUACGGAUAUGAAGCAUUUAGCUACAUGCUCAGCUGAUCAUACUGCAAGAAUUUGGUCAACAGAACAGAAUUUUAAAUUAGAAACUACAUUACAAGGACAUCAACGCUGGGUCUGGGACGCUGCCUUCAGUGCGGAUAGUGCCUAUCUAGUGACUGCAUGCUCUGAUCAUUAUGUUAGAUUAUGGGAUCUAUCAAACAGUGAAACUGUACGUCAAUAUAAUGGUCAUCAUAAAGGAGCUGUUUGUGUAGCAUUAAAUGAUGUAUAA